AUUCAAAAUACUGUGUAGAAGUUGUGAUGAAUGCAUAAAAAAGUGUUAUACCAAACGCCCACUCAAUACGUUUUCAGUGCCACGACUUGUAAGAGUAGUAGAGUUUUGUGAUCAAGUUUUUGUUGCGUUUGCCUCAAAGCCUCAAACCCUCUAACUUUCAUUUGCAUCCCAAAAAUCUGGCGAAAAAUACAUUUUCUUUGCUUUCAGUCAAUGCUAUGAUUGCAACACAACAUCUCAAACACAGCGACACACGAACCGCAUCUCCAAUGAGUCUUAAUUAGCGGUUUUUACUUCUUCUCCAAUUCUCUUAUCAUUAAAUUUCUGUGUUUUAAUUGAGUGUAAAAAACUCACAAUCGCUUUACUCGUUGUUAAUCAUUCACACAAUUAAUUGUGAAGUUUUCUUAUUUAAUAAUAAAUAACCAAAAAAUAUUUAAUAUUUUGGAUUAGUUUUUACUGUUAUAUCAAUUGAAAUGACAGAAAUCGAGCCAAAAAAGUCGAUUUCUAUAAAGAAAAGUAAAAAAGUUAAAAAAGUGACGAUCGAUGAGACGCUCACUAGUUUUGAUGACGGAAGGGGUGGUAAAGUGACCAUAACUCAGGUCAAGAGCUAUGGGCCCGAAGACGGACCUAUCAUUACUGAGAUUAAUGAUAUGAACGGUGAUAUCAAUGAUGAGUUAAUAUUCUCGGGAGAGUACACGAAAGCGAUGGCCAAAGACUGGCAUUCGGGACACUUCUGUUGCUGGCAAUGCGACGGCUCGUUGACUGGUCUGCGUUAUGUGCUUCGGGAGGAACACCCCUUUUGUGUCAAAUGCUUCGAACAGAUCCACGCGAAUGUCUGCGAAGAGUGCACCAAACCCAUCGGUAUCGACACCCGGGACUUGGCUUAUAAGGAGAAGCAUUGGCACGAGACCUGCUUUCUAUGCCAUACGUGCAAGAAGUCACUUGUGGAUCAAAUGUUUGGCUCGAAGACUGAGCGGAUAUACUGUGCCGACUGUUAUGACGUUGAGUUUGCCUCUCAUUGCGACGGUUGUGGAGAGAUAUUCAAAGCCGGGACGAAGAAAAUGGAGUAUAAGGGGAAACAAUGGCACGAAACGUGUUUCACUUGUUUCAAAUGUCAGGCGCCGAUCGGCAACAAGACGUUCAUUCCUCGCGAGAACGACAUCUUCUGCACCGAUUGUUUUGAAACCAAAUACGCGACGCGUUGUAUAAAAUGCAGUGAAGUCAUAAGCAACGGUGGGCUGACAUAUAAGGGCGAGCCGUGGCAUAAGGAGUGCUUCGCGUGCACGGCUUGCGGCACAGCUCUGGCCGGCGUUAAGUUCAGCGUACGGGAGGACAAGCCUUACUGUCAGACAUGUUAUGGCGAUCUUUACGCUCCCAAAUGUUGCGGUUGUCUCAAACCCAUUGUAGCCAAAGGAGUGGGCGGAACUAAAUUCAUCACUUUCGAGGACAGGCAUUGGCACGACGACUGCUUCCUCUGCACCGGCUGUCAGACACCUCUCGCCACCAAAGGCUUCAUAACCGACGGACCGGACGUGUUGUGCGCCGAAUGCGCCAAAUCUAAACUACAAAUCUCUGGCCAUUAAGACUGAGAACACCAACACUUCGUCCCGUUUUUUGUUAUAACACUUAUUAUUAUAUAAUUUUAGAAAAACUAUAUUUACAGCUAAUAUAACCUCAGAAAAGACACAUUUAUUUAUUUUAUUGUUUUUGUUUCCUCUGAAUGAGAAUUAUGUGACCAAACGGUUAAUACACACAAAAGACAACUGAAUUUAUAAACUGGUGCUAAAAAGUUCAUAAUUAUUAAUUAAAUUAUUUGUAUUAUAAACAGAUGCCAAACGAUUAUGAUUUCUCUUUUAUUGAAUUACUAUAUUUGGCGGCAAAACAAUUGAUAUAUAGUUAUAAACAAUUAUGAUUAGUUUUAUUUAACAUUCAUUAUCUGUUUUUAGGUAUUGAUUGUCGAGAUUUAAUAAUUUACUCAAUUAUUAUUAAACACUGAAUACAUCUCUAAAUCGAUGUCAGAAUCAGUCAGUGAUUAUUCCCUUUGAAUAAAACGCCAGAAAUGUGUUGUAAUAUUAGAAUUGAAUUUGAUUUGAAUAGUAAUGUCAUUGAUUUAACGCCGAUAUAAUCGCAGCUUAAAGUUAUAGUCAAACAAUUUACUUAUUAUUACGAAAUAUAAUCGACUCUAUUAUACACUCACAUAAAGUUAUAUAACUAUUCAAACACUCAUCCCUUAAAACACAAAUUAAUAUAAAACCUAAUCUGUUGUAUAUUUUUUACAUAAAAGUCAUUAAUAAAAUCAAUUCCAAUAAUUACUUAUA